CCUGACCCCCCCGACGAGUCUCUGUUCCCCCACAGGGGCCUGGGGUCUCCCCUGACCCCCCCCGAGAGUCUCUGUUCCCCCACAGGGGCCUGGGGUCUCCCCUGCGCCCCCCAGUAAUCUGAGCCCCCCCGAGAGAGCGACUGCCCCCCACAGGGGCCUGGGGUCUCCCCUGAAACUCCCGGCGAGAGUCUCUGUGCCCCCCCCAGUAAUCUGAGCCCCCUUCCCCCUGAGAGCGACUGCCCCCCACAGGGGCCUGGGGUCUCCCCUCCAUCCCCCCAGCUACGUGAGCCCUCCCCCUGAGAGAGUCACUGUGCCCCCUGGGGUCUCACCUGUGCCCCCCCCUGAGAGCGACUCCCCCCCACAGGGGCCUGGGGUCUCCCCUCCGUCCCCCCAGCUACGUGAGCCCCCCCCCGAGAGAGUCACUCUGCCCCCUGGGGUCUCACCUGUGCCCCCCAGCAACCUGUGCCCCCCAGCAACCUGAGCCCCCCUGAGAGCCCAACCCCAACAGGGAUCUGGGGGAUCCCUUGCACCCCCCCACCUGCCUGAGCGAUAGUCUGUCCUGAUCCGUCCCCCAUAACCCCUCCCAGAGGCUUGGGGAGCCCCAAGCCUUCCCAACUGCCUGAGCCUUUGAGAGAGGCUCUGCCCCCCCCCGCCCAUAACCCUCCUAGGAGCCUGGGGUCUCCCCAUCCCCUGUGAGAUACUCCAGUCCCCUCCCAGAGGAGCCUGUGGAAAGGGGGGGGGGUUCGCCCCCCCGCAUGACAAUGGGGCCACUCCCUCGUGCCCUGGCCCUGCUCCUGGCCCUGCAGGUGGCCUUGGCCCUGAUUGUAGGCCCAGGGGGGCGCGACCAGCCCCAAGAAGCCACCGCCCACUCCUCCUCCACCAUGAUCAAUGGCAUGACAGCCCCGACCGCCAUGGAGACACUCUCUGCCGCCUUGGCUAGCGCCACCACACCCGAGGUUGGUGGGCACACCCUGGAGGUCUCAAGCAAGGAAGUGGUCACCCCGGGCAACGGUGUAGGCUAUGAGUUCACCACAGCCAACGGUGUAGAGUAUGAGGUCAUCACCGGCAGCAACGGAGGGUAUGAGGUCACCACGGGCAACGAUGUCCUGAGCAACACCAUGGGCUCUGGAGGAGUAAUCGGCGUGGGAGACACCCGCUACAAGUGGCUGGCGUGGAGCAAGUGGUAUUGCAACUGUGAGAUGGGUAGCAUGUCCCGGGUGCGGGACAUUGCCUACACGAGGCCCGGCCUGCAGCUAGAUCUGGACGACUACAACGCCCUGCGCUUCCAGCGCGUGGCUUGCAGCUAUGGCCACUGCAAGUGCAGCCACAAGCACCGUGAGUGCGACCAUGCCAAGGUGACCUGCAAUGCUCCCAACCCCUACCUGUGCGCUGUCAGGGACGUCCGGCAGGCCCGGUACCGCCAGGCUCGGCACUUCUGGAUACGAGUCCGCACGGAGCUCAAGGGGCUGUGGAAGAGCAUCCGAAAGGCCUUCUCCCAGCUCGAGGAGUACAGCUGAAGAUGAACUCUGAAUUCAAGGUUAAGCAGCUGCAGUCUCUGUUAGCAGCAGUUGGCAAUAGCAAUCAAUCACGCUAGUGCCUCCAAUGAAAUCUAUAGUAAAUGCUCUUUACAAAUCAGUAUCUACUCCUGUGCUUUAGUGGGAAAGUCUAUUGUUUCUAAAGGUGAGUGUCAUUUCAGCCCCUGUUCUGAGGCACGC